UGAUAAACGAACAGGCAAGUUAUUUAGAACGAAAACACUUUUUCAGAAAUUAAAACAAAAUAACGUUAUACAAACAGAAGUAUAGUUCUGCACAUAUUAUUCUGAUCGAAUCAUAACCCCCGCUUAAAUUAAUUCAUUUCACAAUUAUUUACCAGUUUGAAAUAUUUCUAUUUCUUUGUCUUGUCUCUUUUCAUAUAAAUGUCUUCGUGAGUAACAAAUAAUGGUACGAAUAAAAUGCAUUUGAGAUUUUAUCCAUCUCAUUAUAGAAUACUCAACAGGCAUUAUACAAGAAUAUGUUUGGGAUUUUAUGGUUCUAUGAAUGUUCUGCAUAAAUUUACACAAGUCUUUGGAGAUAUUUUUGAUGAUGGAUCUAAGAUAUAUCAUUCUUCUAUUAUUUAUAUGCUUAACACAUUUCAGUAGUCUAACGUUUAGUCAUUCAUCAACUGAAUCAUGGUACAUAAGAUCACGUAAGGGUGUUGCAGCUAAUGUUGCUGCAUCGGCUUCGUCAAAAACGCAACCAGUACCCAUAUCAACUCAGUUAACGACAAGCGGCCGUGUUUCAACAUUUUCAUAUGAUGAACCCCAAUAUACAAUAAGUGAUUCGAAUCUUCGGAGUGGUUCAUUUACAGCAGAAGAAAAACUGGUAGCUCAACUACUGAAUCGAGGGAGUUUAACUGUCCGACCAAACGGUUAUAUGAAUCAGUCUACAAAUCCUGUACACGUUAAUAUAACCUAUAAUGUUGUACAGAUUCUUGGAUUUGUAGGUCUAUUUUUUUGUAUUUUGUGGUCAAUAAUGCUGUAGAAAAUUUUGUUCGCAAAUUUUCGGAUAGAUACAUUAAAAGAAAAGCCUUAAGAGUUUUCACUAUACCAUGAAGAUUUGAGCUUUGGACGAGUGGUCUACAUAGUCAUCAUGUGGUUCAAUAAUAACAUUAUGAAACAGAAAUGUAGGUAUUCGUUUUCGUUCUGAAUUGAACGAACGAAAAAAGAUGGUUAUAUGUCUUCUCUGCUAAAUGUAGUUAUCGUUAUCGUUUUCAAUAAUUCAAGACUAACUGAUUAUUUCAGACUGCAAAUUCUAUACAAUUAACCGAGAGCAUCUAAAAUGUAAAGAUUUACUACAGUUGUUGGCACUCGAUACUCGUGGUAAUAUUCAAAACAACUACAGAGACUUCACUAUAAUAAGGCGUUCAUAAGCAACAACGUUUAACUGGUACGAAAGCAAUUCAUUCAGUGUUUCCCAUAAGUACGACAAGAAAUCGUUCUAUUUGAAAAUCAUCUAACUAUUCGCACGGUGUUUAGAGAAUUACUACUCCGUAUUGUCUAUUAUCGGUCGUCUCAAUGUUUCAGGAUGACAAAGUUGAAUAGAAUGAAUACACCAGAAGAGAUCAAAACUUUAAAAACGUCGUACAGAAAAAUAUAGGAAUUAUCUUUUUUAUACACUUCAUGUAAGCUAAAUUGGAAACAAAUUUUUAUAAACAGUCACCAUCAAGAUUGUUUAAGUGCAUCAUUUCUUGUAGUUUGAUAGAUGAAUCUUCAAACUAAUAUAGAAAAAUUGACUAAUAUACAUUUAAAUACACAAUUUAUGAUAACAACUCAUUAUCAUUCUUUUUGAAAGUCAGGUAUACUCAUGUUUUUGAACUCUAUUUUGUGAUAAUAAUGUAGCCUGACAUUUAAAAACUUUAUGAAUAUAGUUUUUGGUGUUUAAUACACUAUAUUAGUCCAGUUGCAGACUAUCGUAGGAAUGUAAUUUGUUUGAGAUGAUUUAUGACAAUAAACUCUAAAAAUACAGUGGCUCUUGAGGUAUGUAAUCAUUUCUUUGACUUCUUGAUAUAAGUAAAUUAACUGACAUGAAGUUGAAGAAAUGUCAAGUAUAUUAACCUUUAUAUUUUGUGUUCUCCAAAGCACACUUUCCAUUACAUCAGGGUAAUGCAUCUCUUAUAACCUGAAUUUAUAUUCUUUUAGGGUUCUGUCGUACUGUUGAAUUUUGUAUGAUUUCAAAUUAAAUACGACGAACAAUUAUAUUAGACUUUGUCUCGAAUUACAUUAUAUUUAUCACUAAAUGAACUUCAAAGUCACUUCUCAUAUGUCUAAAUAGUUUUACAGAAGAAGUGACACAUUUUAUGUUGCUAGUGACCGGAAUUGCUUUAAAUAUUUUACAUGAUCUGUUUAGUAAUUAACCACAGAAAUGAAAACAUUUUGUGUUUCAUUUAUUAAUUCUUACUAUUUUAGUCACAAUCAGAAGAAACCUUAAGUAUCUCUGGAUGGUUUACUAUGAGAUGGACUGAUCCUAGAUUAACUUGGGAUCCAGAGGAGUUCUCUGAAAUUCAAGAAGUCAGUCUACCAACAACAAAUUUAUGGAUACCAGAUGUGGGCGUGAUGAAUGGUAAAGCAUCCACUGAUUUCGAUUUUAGUGCAGGUGUAAGAGGACGCGUUACCGUAAGCAAUGACGGAUCAGUUACUUGGCUUCAUGGCGCGGUUCUAGAUGUGACAUGUCCCCUUGAUGUAUCAUUUUUUCCGUUUGAUUAUCAAACAUGUUUUCUGAUUCUUGUUCCAUGGCAAAGUGGUGAACAACAAUUACUUUUGCAACCAUUUACACAUGGUUCAGCAGUGGAUAAUAGUUACUUACCUAAUUCUAAUGUCAGUGAAUGGGAAAUUCAAUCUGUUCAUUUUGUACGGAAAAAAUAUCGUAGUGAUAUGAAUGUCACUUAUCAAUAUGUGAGUAUUGCUAUCCAUCUUAAAAGGCAGCCGCUGUAUUUUAUUGUACUUGUUCUUGUUCCAUUUUCAAUGUUAUCUGCUCUUGCAUGCUUGAUCUUCACAUUAGAUGAUACAGGAGAUCGGCUAUCAGUUGCACUUUCCUUAGUUCUCAGUAUGACUAUGUAUGUGGUGAUUGUGUCAACAAAUGCUCCCCGCUCAAUGAGGACAUUACCUGUUUUAGGUAUAUUUCUGCUGGAUCAGCUUGGCCUCUUAAGUAUUGCGACGAUACUUGCUGUAAUGAACAACAAACUAUACCAAUCAACAGAACUACUAAACUGGCAAGAUUUCAUUUAUGCAAUCUCAGGUACGGGACAAGGUAAACGACGUAAUAGUGAGCCAUACUCUGAACACCUUUACGUUAAUAGACACAUACAUGACAACCAUAAUUAUAAUAACAGAAAUAAAAUAUCAAGGAGUAACACAAACAGACAAGAACCCAAAUAUAAAUCGUCACUACAACAGACAGACCAGUUAAUUGAGAAGAGUACUUCCAGACAACAGUACUAUUUUAAAAAGUACUGCAAACCUGUAAAACUUUUAUCACGUAAAAGUAAUAAGACCGUUAAUACUAAUAGUAACAGUAAUUGUGGUAAAAGUAAUAAUCAAUCAAAUCGUUAUUUUCCAAUCCAUCCUGACAGCGGACACUUCAUAAACCAUUGUGAUCCGGAAGUUAUCCUAAAUGCUACAAAUUUAACAUCAGAUGUCAAAUAUCGUCCUAUUGACCCAGACUCUGACAGUCCGAUUGGACAAGUGAGUAAAAUAUCAAAACCUAAAUUUUUAGAUUCAGCUAAUUCCAAUAUUAUUCAUAAUAUUAAUACUUUUAAGAAUAGUAAUACUGAAAUUAAAAACAGCACUAUUAGUGAUAAACAAGAUAUAAUGAAAUGUCAUGAUUACAAAAUGAUACAUCCGAGAAUACAUAAUAGCGAUUUUUUAAAUAAAUCUCAUUUUAUAAAAAACAAACCUAAAGGCAGUGUUUCAGAAAGAUCUCCUUGGAGAGAACACUUACCGAUGUCAUAUGACCAAAUAAUAAAGCAAAAGUAUCCAAUGAAGACAUCAUACAAAUACGCCGCGCCAUCAGUAACUGAAAGUUCACCAAGUGAUGACGAAGAAGACGAUUGUGUAAACAGUGAUACAGAUGAAGUGGACAGCGAUACUUCAGAAAGAAUAUUCCGAACAACUGUAACAGCAACUGCAGCAGCUGCCUUAGCAGCUACUCGUGUUAUUGCUUCUGAUUAUGGUGUAACAGAUUUAAAUCCAUCUCAACUAAAAAUAUAUGGAGCGAAAGCAAAUGCUAACACAAACAAAAACGCUUCUGGUUUUUAUGAGACAGCUAGAUCAAGAAAAUGUAUUCGAAGUGACUUACCAAUCAAAACAGUGGAAGAACUUGAUCAUAUGGAUUCUAAGUUAGCCGCUCAAGCAGCAAUAAAUGCAGCGUUUGAAGCAGCUGCACAAACUUAUCAACUGAGUAAAGAAUAUACUAGACACCACAAUCACCGUCAUUCAUAUUAUUUUCCACCAUCUAAGUGUGGAAAAAGCCAUAAACGAAGUUUAUUAAGCAAUAGCAGUUAUAAUCACUGCACUGAUUACCCCGCAGAACUAAAUCCAUAUCCGUAUCGCAAAUUAGCUUCACGUUUAGACUGUAUACAAAUGAUAACUUAUCUUUUCUUAUCAACGAUAAAUGCUAUUGCUUGUCUCAUACUUAUGCCAAAAUAUUCACAAGAUUCUAAUCCACCAGCCCAUUUGAUCUCUUAAAAACGUAAUUAUUAGUCGUAAAACACUGUUUUAUUGUACUUCAUAAGUUAGAAAAUAAUUUUAGCAGGGAAUUUCACUGACCACUUCGAUUCAUAUGACCUGUCUGUCUUAUAUAUAGGGUAUAAAAUUUAAUUUAAGUUUAUCAGUUGGAUUUGUAAUCGAUAAAUAAUCCUUAAUAUAUUAGUCCUCAUAAAAUAAUGCUAAUCAUAAAUAAUCAAACUCAGUGGCUGAAAUGUAACCUGAUCAUCCAGCUUAAAGGUCUUGGAUUUACUCUUGAAGAGUAUCAAAACUUCAUGUCAUUAUAAAGUCGAAACUAGUCAUCCAAAAACUAAGCGAUUUCAAUCGAAUUCCAUGUGAUUUUUCAACUGAUGGUGAUUGGCCUAAACUUAAACCAAACUAAUUAAACGAAUAACUAAACUAAUUAUUAGUUAACUAUUGUUCGUCGUUUUCUUUUCUUCAUUGUUUAUUGUUGUAUUUGUCAUUUAAAAAUAUGUCGCUUUCUUACUCUACACAUGUUCUAACCUCUUUUUUUCUGUACAACUAAAUAUUUAAAAUUAAUUAUAUAAUGACACUUUCUAGAGCUAGAAAAAAGGACUGACUAGAGUUAUCUCUCAGUAUAAUAUAGAUAAAUAAAUAUAUAUUGUCACUCAAGUUUAAUUUUUGUAAUGACAACAUAAUGAUUAGACAAAAGGAACGUUCCUUAUUCUAAUGUAAAUAUGACGUUCUACACUAAGUAAGCUACGGAAUUAAUUCGUUCAUAUUUGCCAAGACAUGAACCAAGUAAAC